AUGCUUCGUUCGGCACCCGCUCGUCGCGCCGCUUCCGGCCUGGCGAACUCACGGCUUACCCUUGGGCCGAGGACAUGCGCGAAGAGCCUCUCCACAUGCUCGACCCGAUUCACCUCCUCCCCCGCAGCUAUUUACCCCGCGGCGAACUCCUCCAGCAGAUCAGCAAACUUCACCAGCCCCUUCUCCCUCCAGCGAAGCAUUCACACCACCGCCCCCAGAAUGGCCGAGACACGCACCGAGAGCGACGCCUUUGGCGAGAUCCAGGUCCCCGCCGACAAGUACUGGGGCGCCCAGACUGAGCGUUCCCUCGAGAACUUCAAGAUCAACCAGCCCCAGGACCGCAUGCCUCCCCCGAUCAUCAAGGCCUUCGGCAUCCUCAAGGGCGCCGCCGCUGCCGUCAACGUGCGCUACGGCCUCGACGAGAAGAUCGCAAAGGCCAUCCAGCAGGCCGCCGCCGAGGUCGCCGAUGGCAAGCUGCUCGACCACUUCCCCCUCGUCGUCUGGCAGACCGGCUCCGGCACCCAGUCCAACAUGAACGCCAACGAGGUCAUCUCCAACCGCGCCAUCGAGAUCCUCGGCGGCGUCAAGGGCAGCAAGAAGCCCGUCCACCCCAACGACCACGUCAACCGCUCCGCCUCCUCCAACGACACCUUCCCCACCGUCAUGCACAUCGCCGCCGUCCUCGAGAUCGAGAAUGAACUCAUCCCUUCCCUCAAGAGCCUCCGCGACGCCCUCCAGAAGAAGGUUGACGAGUUCGACGCCAAGAACAUCAUCAAGAUCGGCCGCACCCACUUGCAGGAUGCCACCCCCCUGACCCUCGGCCAGGAGUUCUCUGGCUACGUCGCCCAGCUCGACGCCGGCAUCAAGAGAGUCGAGAGCUCCCUGCCGGACCUCCGUCUUCUCGCCCAGGGCGGCACCGCCGUCGGCACCGGCAUCAACACCUUCCAGGGCUUCGCCGAGGCCAUCGCCGAGAAGGUCUCCAAGAUGACCGGCACCGAGUUCAAGACCGCCCCUAACAAGUUCGAGGCCCUCGCCGCCCACGACGCCAUCGUCCAGGCCCACGGCUCCCUCAACACCCUCGCCGGCUCCCUCUCCAAGAUCGCCCAGGACAUCCGCUACCUCGGCAGCGGCCCCCGCUGCGGUCUCGGCGAGCUCAUCCUCCCCGAGAACGAGCCCGGCAGCAGCAUCAUGCCCGGCAAGGUCAACCCCACCCAGUGCGAGGCCCUCACCAUGGUCUGCGCCCAGGUCAUGGGCAACCACGUCGCGACCACCAUCGGUGGCAUGAACGGACAGUUCGAGCUCAACGUUUACAAGCCCCUGAUCAUCCGCAACCUUCUCCACAGCGUCCGCAUCCUCUCCGACGGCAUGCGUUCAUUUGAGAAGAACCUCGUCGCCGGCCUCCAGGCCAACGAGGAGAAGAUUGCCAGCAUCAUGAAGGAGUCCCUCAUGCUCGUCACCACCCUCAACCCUAAGAUCGGCUACGACAUGGCCUCCAAGGUCGCCAAGAACGCCCACAAGAAGGGCCUCACCCUCAAGGAGUCCGCUCUCGAGCUCAACGCUCUCUCCGAGGAGGACUUCGACAAGCUCGUCCGCCCCGAGCUCAUGAUCGGCCCCAGCGCCUACAAGUCGUAA